AUGACAACAUUAUCGAGAAGAAAUGUCCCCAAGCUUCUAUCCACGGUGGGCGGGAAGCCGCAUGCAAACGACAAGGAUCAUGAAGAGACAUACCAGCCGGAAGGACCAAAGAAAACCAAGCUCAAAAAAGAAAGGGAGGAGGAAGAGCGACUUCUCAACGCUGAACCUGAAUCUGAGUCUGACGAUGAUUUACAAGCCCCGCCACCUCCACCACCCACCAAAGACGUUACAGGCAUGCCUGAUACUGCACUGAAGACUGCACCGAAAGCAUCCAGCAGGAGAAAGCCUACUCGAGUACAGGCUCCUCGUCAAGGCACAUACCAAGCUGGCAAAGCAGAUAAAGCCAAGAGAGAACUCGAGGAAGAAAAGGAAAACUCGACAGCUCCUCAAUCUGACACAGGCUUCGAUUUUGACAUCAUGGCAUUCCCAGAGAAAACAUCGAAGGGGCAGAAGACACAAUAUGGCGCCAAGGCCAAGCCUGUCCGUAAUCUUCAUGGCAGAGCUGAUAAGAAUCGCAUUAAUACACAAGAGAAGAAAGCGAAUGUUUACGGAAAGACGAAUCACGUUCAGAAGGCCGAAAUCGAAUCAGACAACGAUGAUGAUAGUGACGCAUGUUCCAUGAAAAGCAACAACGAUGCAGGGAGAGAGACGAUUUCAAAACCUCCCAAGCGCACAAGACCCUCCACUCUAGAAGAUGACGAACUAAGAGAUCUUAGCGAUCCCACUAACAAACGAUCCAAGACGUCUUCCAAUCCUGCCCGACUGCUUGAGCAGCUCGGUGAUUGGAAGGAGGGUCAGUCAUCCCCGCCUGACUCUAAUACCCCACGGGAAGACCUCGAUAAGAUGGACGCAUACGUGGCUGAACUCAAGGAAAUGACUGAAGUUACACAAUGCGUGAUAUGUGAAACACCGGUCGACGAAAACGUUUAUGCGGAGUUUUGGUACGGGAAACCAACUACCGUUAAAAAUCAGACCGCGUUCUGUAGUACGCACAAGAGGAUAGCGGCAAAUGAAGAGUAUGAGAAUGCAGGCUACCCGAAGAUUGACUGGGAUGCACUGCCUCGGCGGGUCAAGAAACACAGAAAGGAGCUUUACAAGGUGCUCACCAACGACCGAUCAAGCAGGUACAGGGACCGCUACGAACCCAUCGCACUGACUGGAAAGGCCGGGGCAAUACGCUCCAGGCGAAAAGACAGACCACAGGACGAGCAAGACGAAGAUACAUCCUUUGUCCUUGAUGACUGCAAUACUUACCCCGGCUACUACGGACCCCGCGGUCGACGUGCAAUCACCGAGACCAUCAUGAAAGAGCUGCGAAAUGAAAUCAAAAGCUGCACAGACGCCGUGGUUCAAACCUCCGGCCCAGCGGCUUUCGUGCAGGCUGUGCUUGUCCCUGAAGUUGCCGUCUUGCUGAUCAUGGAGGAUUGCAUGGUCGACGGAGAGGAAGCCGAGCAGAUUAGAGAGAACACGUACGACAUGGGUUUGCAUCUGCAUGAGGAGAUUGAGGAUGAGGUGGAUGUGCAGGAUGAGAGCGAUGACGAGAACGAGUAUCGUCACAAAUGA